AAUUGUACACACCGCCAUUUUUAAAUAGCCCGUAUCGUGACGCUUUAGUAAAUACUGUAAUUUUUUCAACUUUAAAUCAGAAGCAGAAUACAGAUUCAAGUGAAAAUUGAAGUAAAUCUAAAUGAGAGAAAGGAGACGUACAUUUCUAGGCCGAGACAAUUAUCAUCAUCAUACAACCGAGUCGAUAACCACAUUUCUCAAGGGACUUUGACGUGAGACCUGUAAACUGGAAAAGCGACUAUGGCUGUUCAGGGAGUUGUCAAACAGUUGAGAGAUUUGGCCAAAGAUCCCCAAAACAGAGAGAAGAUUGUCAAGGAUCAAGGCUGUUUGCCUGGCUUGGUACUGUUCUUGGAUAAUGAUGAUCCCAUUGUGGUUUCAACUGCACUGGAGGCUCUACAGUACUUAUCGGAAAGUGCAAUCAAUCGUCCUCUGAUGAAAAAAGAACUUGGGAUGCUGGUUAGUCUAGAAGCGAUAACAAACAAUAGGGACAGUGACGUAAGGAGCAAGAACUUGGCCCGGAGCAUCCACAACCGGCUGACUGCCCCACCCUCCCCCAGCCCAUUGAAAGAGAGUUGCAAUCCCAACAGACCGAAGAGUACCAGGGUUCCCGGAAAACACCAUGGUAGCAAGUUCUUUGUAGGGACGAGCAAUAGAAAGUCAAAAAUAAUCACUCUGCAAAUCGUUGGCCUUAUGGACAUAGAAUGCCGUAAAUCUUGCGAAGAAGAGCUUCUCAAAGUGAAAGGGGUUGUUAGUUUCACCUUUGACCUGUUGAAGAAACGAUGUGUAGUGAGGACAAGAAUGGACCUGAAACCCGAGGUGCUCGUUGCUGCCAUUUCAAAGACGGAAAAGAUGUCUGCGGAGCAAGUCGUCAGGAAUGAGCAUGGCGAAGAGGUGAUACUGUCCUUUGGUGCCAACCCUGCCAUGGCCGAUAAGGAGAACAACGGACUCCUCCCAGAUUAUCUACCGGAGGACAACAGUCCCAUCCGUCACAAGUCUAUCAAGAACAUUGGCCAGGAUGACGAAGAGAGGCGAGGUGGUUGGCUCAGCGCCGCGGCUUCGUUUAUAUCCACCAAUUUUUACUGGUGAUCAUGGGGCCAAGUAGAUUGGAGAGUGCAUAAGCUCUUCUUCAAAAAAGCUGUUCCACCGGAAUCGGUAGACUAGCUUAGCCGGGGUAAUACAGGAGCGCCCUGAGCACCUAGCAAGGUGGAUAUGUGCGCUAUAUAAAUCCCAUAAAUUAUUUUUUUUAUAAUUGAACGUAAACUUAAAGUUGAUUUACAUUGAAUU